AUGGACCACCUCCAGAGUCGAGUCGAAAAGGCAAACGUUGAAGAUCUGAUUAACAUAUGCGAACAACUCUCAGAGGAAUGUAGGGGUAUUUCCAACUGCCUGAACACCAGUCCAGUCACUUUGGCUGCGCUCGCCAAAGAAUGUCGCGCGAUCACAGAUGCGCUCGAGAGGUUACACGAACUCAGCCGGACACUCGAAGGUGGCGCAGAAAGCGUGCGAGCAUCAAAUAACGGAUUCGUUUAUUCUGUUUCGAAAGACGUGCAUGAGCUUAGGGCAGCAUUGAAACGCAUCAAGGGACCCGAUAGAGACAGUGGCAUUCAUCUCGGCGAACCGCAACUUGUCAUCGUCUGGAACGAAGCAGCUUUGAAAACGUUUCUUGGGCGACUGCGCAUACAUCAAGCAUCUUUGCAUACUCUCCUCAACACUGCAACACGGGCCGGUUAUAACUUCCAAAGCGACAUAAAUAGACGUCGCGUGAUUGAACCUGAUAUUGAAGUGGACGAGGCGCUACGAAGUCUCGGUCGAAAGUUUACGGCACCGAACCAACGUUCUGCCGUACUACCCAGAGUCAGCGAUUCUGCCGAGAUCCAAGUCCUCCUAGAUACGCUUGUGCCGCCCCCAGGAGUAGACUAUGCGCGAAGCAAGGAUGUCGCAAAUGAACUGCACCAUGCGAUUGAGAAGUGUGAUGAAAAUUCCGUUUUUCAGAUUCUACUCGAGCGCGUAGAUCCCAAUAUAAUGUUGGCAGGAUCAAUGCUCUCUCCACUGCAUCGCGCUUUCGAUAAAAAGCACAUGUUAAUCGCUGCAUUUCUCAUAGUAGCUGGUGCAGAUGUGGACGAACCGACGACCGACGGCGAUACGGCGUUGAUGAGAGGCAUCAAGUGUGGUUUCUCGGAACAGUUUGCGAUUCUUGUGCUUCAUAUGAAGGCACGAGUCAAUGCGAUCGACAACAAUGGUUGUUCAGCUCUUCACCUUUCCGCCGCCUCGGAUGUUCUCGAGGAUGAGACACUACCAGCUCUUCUCAAUGCUGGUGCUCACAUCAACCUUGUCGACUACGAUGGGCAGACACCACUUCAUUUGGCGAUCCAAAACAGUCGCUGGUCCACCGCGACGAAGUUAGUCCACGCUGGAGCAGAUUUAGAGGUGCGAUUGCCGGACGGGAAGACAGCACUCCAUUUGGCCAUAGCAUUGCGCAACCAAGAGUUCACUCAAGUGCUGAUAUCUCGAGGAGCUAAUGUUGACCGUAAGCUUCGCGAACACACACCUUUAACAAUGGCUAUCAGCUCUCGCUGCACGUUCAUUACUGCCGCUCUCUUGGAUAGCGGAGCGAAUCCCAACCUACGUAGUCGAAAUGGGAACACGCCUCUGCUCGCAGCAACAGUCACUGGACAAGAUGAAACAUUGCGAUAUCUUAUUGCUCAUGGGGCAGACCCGGCAGCGGUUCAAGGACGAUCUGGAUACUCGCCAAUGCAUAUGGCAGCGCACAAGGACAAACCCCAUAUUCUUCGGCUUUUGGCUGAAUCGGGUGCACCUGUUGAUGUCCUUGAUAAAGCUGGAGAAACUCCUCUUUUAAUCGCUGCCAAACUUGGUAAUGCGCAGAGUCUCUCCCGUCUGAUCAACCUUGGUGCCGAUACCGAGCGGGUAGGGCCGGAUGGUAUGAGCGUGCUUUCUCAUGCAGUCAAGAUGGGUGAUGUUGACCUUGUUACUGCACUUUUGGAGCGGGGAGCUGGUAUGCAAAUGUCAUCCAUGCUUCUUUCAAGGGGCAGUAAGGAAUACCUAGUACCUGAGCCGCAAACGUCACCGAUCCAUGUUGCCGCUCAGCACGCUCGAGAUGAGAUCUUAGUGCGACUCGUUUCAUAUGGUGCAUCUCUUGAGAGCACUAUAUUUCCCGGUCGGACGCCUUUAUCGGUCGCUGCGUCUCAUGGUCACGUCUCAACCGUCCGACUACUUCUCCGGUUAGGCGCCAACACGCACGCUUUAACGACACACGGCGAUACACUGCUCUUUGAUGCGUCGGCGAACUUGGCAACACUAAAGAUCUUGCUACAACAGGGGAUUGAUGUGAAUCAUCAAAACGACCGGGGUGCCACUGCCCUUCAUUAUGCGGCUCUCCGUGGGCAUAUUGGAGGUGUAAGAAUGUUGCUUGAGAAAGGAGCGCGGCAAUACCACGCAAACGCUGUGUGGGAUCUCUGGGAGGACAGAGACGGAGCUGGGGGUUAUCGACAGGGAACGCCGGCUGGCAUGGCUAUGCAACGGGGUCUGAAUAACGUUGCGGAGUUGAUUGAGGGAUGGAAGUAA